AUGCAAGCAAUCGACAUUGGACUUUCACAGCGCAGACGCAUCCGGGGCGGGGGCGUUGUAUGCGAAACUGGGAGCAGUGGACGAUGUUUGCCGUGGUCCCACGUUUUAGCGGUGCGCAUCGGAAGCUUUCUAAUCCGCGACGAGCCAACGACACUGGGAGCUAUUCCCGCCCGCUUGGGCCGAAUUUCCAUCGCAAUCCCCCUCCCCCCCCCCCCCCCCCCCCCCCCCCCCCGCCUCUACAUCACUCAGCGCCCGAAAACUUCCACGUGUGACGUAACGACCGUUCUAAACAAUGACGCAGCACCGUGCUGCACCUCGCCGCAAUGGACCGUAAGCGGUCGACGCAAGACUCAAAUUGGAAUUGGUCUCCUGUCUUCGCAGAGUCCAAAGAAAUUAACGGACAGCCCGGCCGAGGCAUCGGCCUGCGUGAUUGACGACAUUCUACAACGCGUAGCCGACGAAACUGUAUUCGUCCCGCUCAUUUUCGCUUCGCCAGAGGAGGAAGGAAGUACAGUCGACGGCCGCUUCGAUCGAGCGAUGGCGCGCGAUUGUACUCUAAGCGUCUACGCCGCGCCAUCUCGUCAACCCAGAUAUGCAGACGGAUCCAGGUGCUUUCAC